AGAGAGAGAGGGGACCGGCCAGGCCACCAUGCCGCUGCUCCAGCUGUUGUGCUUCCGCCAGUCGCGCGGUCGCCUUCCGCCAUGGCACUCGCUGCGUACGUCCUGCUGGCGUUCGCUGCCCUCAUGGGGACGAUGUCUGCGGCGGAGGAGUUCGUGACUGUGCGGGUGUCCGAGGGCUUGGUGCGCGGCCGCAGGGCCACCACCGUGCAAGGCGGCUCCUACGUCAGCUUCCAGGGCCUGCCCUACGCCCGCCCUCCUGUCGGGGAACUUCGCUUCGAGCCCCCGCAGCCGGCAGAUAGCUGGUCAGGUGUGAGAGACGCGCUGUCAGAGGGCGCAGCCUGCAUCCAGUACAACCUGAUCGUGCGCCAGCUAAUCGGCAGCGAGGACUGCCUCUACCUCAACGUGUACACCCCACAGGUGCCAAGUGGAGACGAUGACAGCACAACAAAGCUGCCAGUGAUGGUGUGGCUACAUGGGGGUGGAUUCGUCGAAGGCUCUGGCACAGCGGCAGCACAUGGCCCUGACUUCUUGGUUGACAGUGGUGUCAUACUCGUCACCGUCAACUACCGGCUCGGUGUCCUCGGUUUCCUGAGCACUGGAGACUCGGUGGUACCUGGAAACAUGGGCCUCAAGGAUCAGGUUGCAGCCUUGCGUUGGGUAAAGGACAACAUCAUUAAUUUUGGUGGUGAUCCCAGAAAUGUAAUUUUGUCUGGUGUUAGUGCUGGAGCUUCAUCUGCUUUCAUGCAUAUGAUGUCACCCUUAUUAAAAGGUUUAUUUCACCGUGUUAUAGCUAUGGGUGGCUCACCAUUAAAUCCUUGGUCAUUCUCAGAAACAGCCAAGGAACGAUCUCACCGCCUUGCAGAACACUUUGGCCUUACAACAACAGAUUCAAAAGAAUUAGUUAAGUUUCUGAGAACUAUCCCUGCAGAAAAGUUUCCACAAGCAAUGAAACAUGCUCUGAGUGAUGAGGACAAGGAACGGCUGUUUAUGUUCGUUUUUGUACCCUCAGUGGAGCCAAAUGUUGAGGGUGCCUUCCUUACAGAGCAUCCAGCAGAUAUAUUGCACAAAGGCGAAUACAUAAAUGUGCCUCUCCUUACUGGUGUUGCCAGCAGGGAAGGGAAAUUUCUGAUGAAAUGGACUGGUCUGGCAGAUGAUCCAGAGAAAGUGAAGAAUCUCAAUGAUAAUUUUAUAAAAGUUAUUGGUCCAGAUCUUCGUUUACACAGCAAAGCAGAGAGAGAGACUGCAGCAAACAAAAUAAGGGAAUUUUACUUUGGUGGAAAACCUGUGACCAAUGAAACCUUUGAAGAACUUGUGGAUCUUUUAAGUGAUAUAUACUUUCUAGAGGGAAUGAACAGUACAGUUUCAUCCAUGGCAACUAAAGCAGAAUUCCCUAUUUACUUCUACCGUUUCAGCUAUGAAGGAACCUUAUCACCUAUUUCUGUCUUCACAUAUAAUGGUGUAGCUGGUGCCUCACAUGGAGAAGAUGGUGGUUACUUAUUUACUAUGGGAGAGACACCUCUAAACCUCAGUCCUGAAUCUGAUGAACAUAAAGUUCGGAAAAUGAUAGUUAAAAUGUGGACCAAUUUCAUGAAAUCUGGUGUACCAACUGAAGAGCCUUAUGAUGAUGACCUCAACAUUAUCUGGCCAAAGUAUACACUUAAAGAACAUGAGUUUUUGGAUAUAAAUGUGAAAUCAUCCAUACAGAGGGAACUGGAACCAAAACGUCUUGGUUUCUGGAGAGGGAUAUUCCCAUCUUCAUGAAAAGUUGUGGAACUGAAAACCCAAGCUAAAGCAUGUGUUUGAAGACAGUAUUGCAUCUAAUAAAACUUUUGGUGCAGAAGUGAAA